AUGCAGAGAACUUUCGUGUUGAGGCCAUGUGUGAGGCAGCUUCGCACCAGCCUGCAAGGCGUGACGGCGAAGAGGGGCAGGGCCACCGUCCCUUUCAAACUACCAGCUCCUCGUAAUGAGCCCAAUCCUGAAUACAAAAAAGGCUCUGUUGAGCGCCAGAAGCUCGAGGAGGCUUUGACCAAGCUCCGAUCACAGCUUCCCCUAAAGAGUAAGAUUAUCGUGAAUGGCCAAGCGCAAGCACAUUCGAAGGCAAUAGAUCAGCCACUUCCUGGCGAGCAUGCCACUACUUUCACCAGCUGUCCAUUGGCGAGUAAGGAGCAAGUGAGCAACGCUAUUGAAUCAGCCCUGAAGGUCAAGAAGUCCUGGGAACAGACACCAUUCGUCGACCGAGCGGCAAUCUUCUUGAAGGCUGCCGAGCUUGUAACUACCAAGUACCGCUAUGAGAUUAUCGCGGCUACCAUGCUCGGCCAGGGCAAGAAUAUCUGGCAAGGCGAGGUUGACGCUGCUGCCGAACUCGCCGACAUUUUCCGCCUUAACUGCAAUUAUGCUGCAGAGCUCCUUGAAAGGCAACCGGACCGUGGCAGUGAUGGAAUGUGGAGCCGCUUGGACUGGCGGCCUCUAGAGGGUUUCGUCUAUGCAGUAUCUCCAUUCAAUUUCACUGCCAUCGGUGGUAACCUGGUUUCAGGGCCUGCGUUGAUGGGCAACGUAGUUUUGUGGAAACCAUCCGCGUCCAACAUCUACGCCAGCCAAAUCGUCUAUAAGAUCCUUCUGGAGGCUGGUCUCCCUGCCGAUGUUAUACAGUUCGUCCCCGGUGAUGCCGAGGAGGUAACAUCUACUGUCCUUGACCACCGAGAGUUCGCAGGGUUGAACUUCGUUGGUUCCUCAGACGUAUUCCGCUCUUUAUACGCGAGGAUUGGCGAUGGCAUUGGCAAAAACGUCUACCGGGAUUUCCCCCGAGUCGUGGGCGAGACUAGUGGCAAGAACUUCACCCUGCUCCACCCUUCAGCCACCGUCCCCAGCGCUGUGAACCACGUUAUUCGUGCCUCCUUCGAGUACCAGGGUCAAAAGUGCUCAGCCACUUCACGUCUCUACCUUCCAGAAUCUAGAUCCAAGGAAUUCCUUGACAGCUUCCAGUCGAAGGUCAAGGAAAUCACCAUCGGUAACCCUGACAAAGACCUUGCAGCUUUCAUGGGUCCUGUUAUUCACCAACGAUCCUUUGACAAGAUCAAAUCCAUUAUCGAUGCCAGCAACAACGACCCAUCGCUCAAGCUGCUGGCAGGCGGCAAGUACGACGACUGCAAGGGCUUCUACGUCGAGCCGACAGUUUAUCUAUCAGACUCGCCGACACACAGGCUGUUUGAUGAAGAGAUUUUUGGACCUGUUUUGGUUAUUUACGUGUACCCCGACCACAAAUGGUCAUCUGUCUUGGAGCAGGUUGACAAGAGCGGAGGCGGCUUUGCCUUGACCGGUUCUAUCUUUUCUAACAGUCGUGCUGCGCUCAGAGAGGCGGAGGACGCCCUGCGAUAUUCCGCAGGCAACCUGUACUUGAACUGCAAGACUACUGCAGCUCUCAUUGGCCAGCAGUCGUUCGGCGGUAGCCGAGCGAGCGGCACCAAUGACAAGGCCGGCAGUUCUAACGUCCUGUUACGUUUCACAAGUCCUCGGCUGAUCAAAGAGGAAUUCUUUGAGCAGCAUGAAUUCCAGUACCCUAGCAAUGUUUAA